AUGGCUCAGCUUCCUCGUUCCAUAGCUGUGAUCAUCGGGAGCACUCGCACGCCCCGCAUUGGUCCCCAGGUCGCGGAAAUGGUGCUACACACCCUCGAGCCGGAAGCCAAGUCAAAACAGUUCACCCUGUCGUUGGUGGAUUUGGCCAGCUUUGAGCUCCCCGUAUUCAACGAGCCAGCACCGCCUGCAAUGGUUCCAGCCCACGCAUCCCACGUCCACAAGGCCACCAAAUCAUGGAGUGCCGAGGUGAGCCGGCAUGCUGGCUACAUUUGGGUGAUACCGGAGUACAACGGCGGAAUGGCAGGCGGGACGAAGAACAGCAUCGAUUACCUCUACAACGAGUGGCAAGGGAAGCCAGCGAUGAUCGUGGCUUAUGGGAUCAAAGGAGGGCUCUGGGCCGCGGCACAACUGAAACAGACCCUCCAAGUGAUGAAGCUUCAGGUAGUAGACACCCUCACUACUCUGGCUUUUGCGGGGGGAGCAGGGGCAGAUCUCGUCCUGGCCAUGCGCGGCGAGCUGGGAAAGGACACUCGCUCGGACUGGGAGGCGAAUACCGCGAAUAUCCGACAGGCAUUUGAAGAUUUGACAGCGGUCUUGGACUCUAGCGUUCACGAGUAG